CAAGCAACCGGCAGAGUCCAGCCUUGACGCCAGUCUCGCCGCGGGAAAAUCUGCCUCGUCCUUUUUCUCCUCGGAGGUGCGCCAAUGCACUGCUGCCUGCUUCGUCUUCGCCGGCGACCCUCUGGCUGCCUCCCCCGCCCGAGCGACAUGGCCGCGGGAGAGGCUGCUCCGAAGGCUCCUCUUAAGUCGGGCUUCCGAGAGUUAUUUUUAGAAGGGCUUUCUCGCGCGGCCAGCCCUCGCAACCAAGGCAGCGGCAGCGGCGGCGGCGUCACCAGCCCGAAGGCACCUGCUUUUCCGGGCGCUUAAGGGACUUGGGCAACCUUGGGAGGCUCUUUGAACUCCCGCCUGCUUGGCCCGACCGCCGUUGUCACGUCGAGGGCUUCCCUGAGGGAACCUUUGGGAAGGAAGGAGGGGAGGGGGCGUCUGCGGUCGACGGCCGUGGCUCAAGAGAAGCUUCCUCAUCCUCUUGGAGAACAACCCAUUCUUCCAGGACCCUAAACAGGAAAGGACGGCGAGGGCGAAAGAGGUCGGUUUCCCUCUUUCUCCCUUCCUUGGCGUCUUGGCGCCUCUCCAGAGACAUGCUCAGGAGUCUGGGUAGAAAUCCCAGCGCCGCCUAGCUCGCACGUGGCUUGCUCCCGCCCGCUCGCCUGCCAGCCCAGUUAGUUGCCCUCCGUCGGUCGUCGGUUCCCGGGGGGAGAUAAGGAGGUCUUUCCUUCACCGACCUCCCCCCCACCCGACUCCCCGCCAGGGGCUUGGCUCGUCGCUUCCCCCCUUCAGACGUGCGCCGUCUCUCCUUGUGUGCGUGCGUGCGCGCCCUCCCUCUUCGGCGGCGCCCGCGGGCUCUCCCAGGAUGGUGGACGUGUUCAGCGGGCGGUUCCUCAUCCACAAGAGCGGCCGGGCGGUGGAGGCGGACCAAGCGCUGGAGAACAAGGUGGUGGGCUUGUACUUCUCGGCUGCGUGGUGCUCCCUCUGCCGCGACUUCACGCCCGUCCUGGGCGACUUCUACAGCGAGUUGGUGGAGGAGGCCGACCCGCCGGCCCCCUUCGAGAUCGUCUUCAUCUCCUCCGACCGCAGCGCCGAGGAGAUGCUGGAGUACAUGCGCGACAUGCACGGAGGCUGGCUGGCCCUGCCCUUCCACGACCCUUUGAAGCAUGAGUUGAAGAAGAGAUACAACAUUACAGCCAUUCCUAAACUUGUGAUUGUUAAACAAACUGGGGAAGUCAUUACUGAUAAAGGAAGAAAACAAAUACGGGAGAGAGGGCUCAAUUGCUUCCGAAACUGGCUUGAAGGGGCCAAUGUAUUCCAGAAUUUCUGUACCUGAGCCAAGGCAGGAUUUGCAGGCAAACUAAUUUGGCUAUAUCUUCUGUUAUUUCCAGAGUUUUCAUUAUGACAAAUGUGUCCUUAAAUGGGAGAGUGGCAUUAUCUUCAUUUUAGAAUUGUUUUCCAUUAUUUCAGAGUGUGUGUGGCCAGCAUAGCUAAAUCUAAUUUGUCCCAAUGCAUUGUAUUAUAGUUGUGUCUUUUUAUAUUAAUAAAUUACAACAAAAGCAGUUUUACUAGAACUAAAGAAUUUAGUAAAGGGCAGCUUUUUCUAGUAAAGAAAUUUUGGCACUUCACUGUGCCCUCUUACAUCUAUGCAAGGAUUUUAUUUUUACAAAGGUAAAAACAUUACAGGGAAGACUAUAUAUUUAUUGAGAAAAAUACCUUUUUGGAGUAUUUGUCUAUAAUUCAUA